CGCAAGCAGACGAAACUGUAACAAAAGCAUUUACAUUCCUUUGUGAACGAUAGUCAAAUCGCGUGUCACUUCGUUUGGUGGCAUUUAUCGCGAUCGCAGAUAUCGUUUAUGAAUGUGCAUGGAUCGGCUCGAAUUUUUCGACAUUCGCUGACGGUGCUGAAUGUAUCUCGGUGAUGUACUUUGUUGUUGCCGGCAAUUUGGCAUCGGUCUUCAUGUCUGCGGCGAUAGCGCUGAAUAUAUUCUUGGUGUUUGUUGUCAAAUUCGGUGUAACUCCUAUUUACGAAAGAAUGUAUUACAUUGGAUCAGCGUCCGUUGCCAUCUUGCUACCGAUCAUUGGCGUAGCUACAAAAAGAUUAGGUUUCAACGGUGAAGAGUGCUGGUUUAAAGGACCGCCUGAUGAUUUAACGAACGCAUUUGGCUCUGAAUGGGGCUUCUUGUACUUCUGGAUCAGCUUAGUUUGCGUCCUAUGCUCCAUCGCUACUUUUCUGUUUUGGUACGUGCUGUACCAGAAUCAAAAGCAGAUGCUCGAGCUACCCAACCGUAUCACAUCCACACUCGCAAGUGCUAAAAAAAGCAAGAAAUCACGUAAGAAGGAGCAGCUCGUUAACAGAGCUGUUUCCCGUAUCAGUUGGUACUGCGUUGUACCCUUGCUUGCCCAAUCCUGGAACAUCAUUUUGGAUAUUUAUUUGCUUCUUGGGGGGAACUAUGGGACAUUUACUUCAGUCUGGAUGGCUUACUUGGCUUGCAUUUUUGCCUCAUUACAGGGCACAAUGAACGCUACCGUUUUUCUUCUUUUGGACCCGACCGUUGAGCACGCACGGAAAUCCCUCCGCAAGCACUUGGUCCAAACUCACUACCUAAAAUACAAGUGUCUGGAAACGCAGUCAAUUACUACUGUACCGAGUCCUGGUACAUCCCAUCGGAAGUUCGCGCAGCCAGAUGCUCACCUGGUGGAUCCAGAGACUGCAUCACAGCGUCCCGUUCCAGAAAGCAUUUACCAAAACGCAAUGUUCUGGCUUAUAAAGAAACUUUUUCUUCGCUCUGAGGAUUUGGAAGCAAAGACACCUGUCCGUAGUGAUACAGCCAAAGCCGGUGCACGUGGAAGCGUACAUUCACCGACUUCCAGCGACAUACCAGCAUCAGCAACGGGCGUUAGCAAUACUGAGGGUAAAGCCGGGGUUGUUGCAUUGCUCUGAUAUUCACCAGCGAACUGGAUUAGUUCUUAGUCUUGUAACAAUUGAUUUAAAUUCCCUUGUGAAAUUAAUAUUGAAAAUCUGAUAUUUCUUGAACGAUUGUUCC